CACUGGCUCCUAUAAACAUGUUGUUGACGCCACAGCCAGUCAGAGAUACCUGGUCGGCCUGCUCCGUCCCCUCUGGCGCUCCCCAGGAGAACAGUAUGUUUGCAGAUUGGCGACGGCUGCUGCUGUUGCGAGAUGAACUGAGCAUCUGUGCCUUUAAAGACUUCUAAGUGCGCCUCUAUCAGAGCCCACGGUCAACUGCCCACAACUCCGACGCGCUAGGCAAGCAGACAAGAGCUACCUUACUCAUAUAAAGGCAUUGGCUCACCUUCACAGGUAGACCCAUGGAAUGAUAACUAUGGAAUACCACUGGAUACUUCUCUCUGUGUUUUUACAGCUAACCUUCCAUCCAGGUGAUACAAAGCCCACUAUCACCCCUGCCAGACCCCACGUCGUCAUCCAGCUCAACGAACCCUUCAAACUACGUUGCCAGGGUGAAAACAGGAUACAGUGGAAGCGGGAGAGGUCAAAGCUGCUGGCAGCAAACAACAUCGAUGGGAUGUUGACAUAUUCAAUUAAGAAGGCUCUGCCUACUCACAUGGGUCGCUAUAUCUGCCAGGAGGAGGGUUCCAAGGAACAUGCCUCCAUCUACAUCUAUGUGAAAGAUCCUGGAAAUCCCUUCAGAAAACUAAAGGUGUCUAGAUAUGUUACUCGUGAGGGAGAAAAUGCUUCCUUCCCUUGCCUGGCAACUGAUCCAGAUCUGGAGAAUAUGCACCUGGAAACAUGCUCCAGUAAAACUCUGCCCCCUGGUCUCCAGUUCUCCGCCAGCCUGGAGCAUGGCAUUUACAUGCACAACACACAAAAGGCCUACGAAGGUUGCUAUGUGUGUGCAGGAAGACUCCAUGGAAAGGACGUCAGAUCAGGCCAAUUCUUCCUGAGUGUUGUACCAGUACCCACUGCGCCUCCUGUAGUUGAGCUCCAACCAUCCACAAGAGUGAUUCUGACCCGAGGUGAGAGAUUCUCCCUCACCUGCAACACCAGUAAUGCCAAUAGAGAAAUCAACAUCACGUGGGUCACCCCACCUGGCUCGGGUGCCGUCUGGUAUCCACAGCAACCAGCAAAGGUUGGCAGUUCUUCAGAAUCCCUGAUGGAAAAAUUUGCCAAUAGCCACAGAACGACACUGCAAAUCGAUGCAGUACGGCCACAGGAUGCUGGGAGUUACAUAUGUGAAGUUAGGAAUGGAAAAGGGGUCAGCAGCAAGUCGGUGUGGCUCGAUGUAUAUGAAAGAGGAUUCAUCGACUUAAUGCCCACAAACAGCAGCAUCUUUCACGUCCGCUCCGGCGAGAGUUUGUCCCUGAAAGUUCGAAUAGUGGCUUAUCCAAAGCCACACAUCUCCUGGAGCUUUAAAGGCCACGAGCUGAGAAACACAACUGACCAUGUGAUCACCACACACAGUGAUGAAUACAGUUACAUCAGUGAGCUGAGGCUAGUGCGGCUGAAAAUGUUAGAGGGUGGAGUUUACACCUUUCAAGCCUCCAAUGGUGAUGCUUCAGCAAAUCAGACAUUCACCGUCUUUGUGAUCAGUAAACCAGAAAUUGUAUCGAUUGACAGCCCAGUGAAUGGACAGGUGCGCUGUGUGGCUGAGGGUUUCCCUGCUCCCCAGAUCACCUGGUACUACUGUGAGCAUCCAUAUGGCAGGUGCUCCCAGCAGGUAAAUUCCACCCAGGAGGAGCUCAAUGUCAUCACCAUCACACUGUUCAGUCCCAUGUUUGGGAAGACAGAGGUGGAGAGUCGGGUGAACAUCAGCAGAGCACGGUUCAAUACUCUGGAAUGUGUGGCUACAGUGGAGGGAGAGCAAGCCUACAUACUUUACUCUAUUAGUGAGAAAAGAGUUCCACAUGACCUGUUCACCCCUCUGCUAAUUGGCUCCAUUUCAGCAGCAGGCAUCCUCUGCCUCAUCCUUAUCAUGCUGUUCUACAAGUACAUGCAGAAACCCAAAUAUCAGAUUCAGUGGAAAGUUAUCGGAAACGACUAUGUGGACAUUGACCCCACCCAGCUACCGUACGAUGACCAGUGGGAGUUUCCGCGAAACAACUUGCGCUUUGGGAAGACUCUGGGAUCUGGUGCAUUUGGAAAAGUGGUGGAAGCCACUGCAUAUGGACUCUCCAAAGCAGAUUCAGUCAUGACUGUGGCUGUGAAAAUGCUCAAAUCUAGCGCUCAUGCCACAGAGAAAGAAGCACUAAUGUCAGAGCUGAAAGUCCUCAGUUACUUGGGAAACCACAUUAAUAUUGUCAACCUGCUGGGAGCCUGCACAGUUGGAGGUCCUACCCUGGUGAUCACAGAGUACUGCUGUUUCGGAGAUCUGCUCAACUUUCUACGCAGAAAGAGAGACUUGUGCAUCUGCUUUAAGCUUGAGGACGAUUACUACAACCGCAACGUCAUGCAGCAGAGAGUCACAGAUGGUGACAGCUUGAACAGCUACAUGACCAUGAAGCCUUCUGUUGCUGGCAACGCACCGGUCAGCUCAUCCUCUGAGAAGAGAAACUCGCUACGCAAAGGUGGUCCUUACGUUGAAGCAGACACGGAGAAUGAGAUGUUUGCUGAUGACGGUUUGUCUCUGGACACCGAAGAUCUCCUCAGUUUCUCAUACCAAGUUGCCAAAGGCAUGGAGUUCUUAGCCUCGAAAAAUUGUAUUCACAGAGACCUGGCUGCCAGAAAUAUCCUACUGACUGAAGGAAGAGUGGCCAAAAUCUGUGAUUUUGGCCUUGCCCGAGACAUCACCACAGAUUCUAAUUAUGUCGUCAAAGGCAAUGCUCGUCUGCCAGUGAAAUGGAUGUCUCCAGAAAGUAUCUUUGAGUGUGUUUACACAUUCGAGAGUGACGUGUGGUCAUAUGGCAUCUUGCUUUGGGAAAUCUUCUCACUGGGAAACAGUCCGUACCCUGGUAUGCAGGUGGACGCCAAGUUCUACAAACUAAUAAAAGAAGGAUACAGAAUGGAUGCCCCAGAGUUUGCGCCCAGUGAAAUGUAUGAGAUUAUGAGGUGCUGCUGGGAUGCUGACCCCUUCAACAGACCCCCGUUCAGGAAGGUCGUGGAAACGAUUGAACAGCAGCUGUCAGAUGCCACUAAGCGUAUUUAUCUGAACUUCAGCUCCAUGCUUCCUAUGAUGCCUAGAGCAAGGGAGGAGCAGAGUUCUCAGAGCCCAGCGUCUCACCAUCUCAACUCAGCCGGCAGUAACAACACUCCAACUCAGCCCUUACUAGUCCAACACGAGGUCUUCCUGGAGGGAACAAUCCUCUCAGCCGAGUGGGUGUGAGAACCCACCCGACCUGUCUGGCUGCCUCAUAAAGUGCCUGUAAUGAUCCGCCACAAAACACCCAACCACUACACCUGCUCCUCAACCUGGUACCAGCAGCAUUUUUUUUGUCCUGUGUUGCAGAAGGAAGGCAUUUAUCUUUGCCACUGUUGUUGACGACUACGGGGAGAACAGUUGGACUAAUGCUCCCCUGCUUCCAGGAAGGAACUGUUAAGGCACCAGGGAGAAUUGAGGGACAUCAAGCGUUACUCUAAAACUGUCAUUAUGUAAAACCAUAUUACACUGUAAUCAGUUUUGUUUUGUUUUUCCAGUUAAUUUUUUCCUUACACAUUUCAUACAGGUUGUUUUGGUGUUUUUAUUUUUUUACCUCUUUUUGUUUCUUGCGUUUUUUCCGGGGCGUGGGGGGAGUGUCUCUUUUCUCUCUCCGAUAUAUAUAUAUAUAUAUAUAGUAGUGCUGUCAGCAUUAAUCUUGCAUUAACGGCAUAACCCGCAUUAACGUGGCAAAUCUCCGUUAGCGAGUUAGCGUGGGGCUGCGCAGCAUCAAUGCUUUAGCGCAGUUAGCUCGUUAGCGUGGUUUGCUUGUUAACGCGUUAGUGCUGUCCAGACCCACGCAUGGGCCGAUCUGCGCUAACUCGCUAACGGAGAUUUAAUUAAUGCAGUUAUGCCGUUAAUGUCAUUUUAACGAGAUUAACACUGACAGCACUAAGAUAUACAUAUAUAUAUACUUUUUGCAUUUAUGUGUUCUGUUAUUGUUUGUUGUUUCCUUUCAUGAAAAUGUAUGUAGCAUUUUUAUUUUUACUGUGGUUUGCUGUUGCAGUUGUUGGAGGAAAAAGCACUCAAGGCACUUGAACUUCACAUCAUUCCACAUACUAACUAAUGCAGCUUUUACUUUUUUUUGAUAUCCUGUUCUGUUAUCAUCAGUAUUAUACCCAUCUGUUUAGAUCUAUUUUACAUGAAGGAGCUACUUUUCAGGGGCCAAUUGAAAAUGAGAUGAUAAGAUUCUGGUGUAUAAGCUAUUAGACAGCAUGUUAUGCCAUGCUUAGAGUCCGUAAGUGCUUCAUGUUAGUUAGAACGUAUUUCUGCUUUUUUGUAUGCUGGAGGUCAUUUCCUAGACACUAAACACCUGUCUUUGCUGAACCAUAUUACCACAUUACCAUGACUUGGGGUGGCACUUAUUCUUUACACACAGUUGUCUUCAGAGAGAUGGUACGCUAGCUUUUCAUUUAUUCGACUUUUAACUGCUUAACUGUAUAUAGGUAUAGGUAAUAAUGCUUUACGAUGAGAUGUUAGAUCAUUCUUUACAACAGAGACGAUUCCUGAAGCCUUUAAGUCUUCAUUUUAGUUUUCUUAGACAAGCAGGUCGUUUUUGACAGAUGCAUUGCUGGAGUUCUCCUGUUAAGGGUGUAAAUAGCUGUUAAGGUUGAUAUAGUUCCUCUCCUGCCACAUCCAGUGUAUGAUAUUUGUUUACAAGCAUGAGACAGGUACUGCCAUUUCUGCGCUGUGUUUUCUCUGUAUUUCACCUUCUAUCCCUUCACAAAGGACAAGGAAACAGAAAGGCAGUUGUUUUCACCCCAUGCUAACGCUGUACUUCUGUAUUGCAGUACAGUGGUUAAAGUCAUAUGAAAUGCCAUUAAGUGGACUGCAGUAUUCCCUGAGGUGACAAGCAAGAGGAAAACACAGGGUCUUCCAGGCUCUAACUUCAGAUAUUGACACUGGGUACAGAAUUCAGCGUGUCGGUCAUCUCAUUGUUCUCCGGCCAGUAGCUGGUUUCCCAGCAGUACCUCUCUUCUUUGUAUCCAGCUGUUUCCUCCACCAGAAGCGGGACUUUCAGCACCUCUCAGCCAGUAGUCUGUAUCAGUCCAGACCUUUAUGAAACCCCCUCUUCCUUGUGGUGGAUGUUAUGAGGAGCACCCAGAAAGUGUCCUGUUUGAGUGUAUGAACAUGUGUGCUUUGUUCUAUGCUUGUGUGUGUGUAUGUGUGUUUGUGUGUGUGUGCGUGCAUGUGUGUGUGUGUCUGCAUGUGUCUGUAUGAUUACUGUCAAGAGGUGCCACUACUAAAGAGUCAUCAAGUCAUUUAGGCUUCAAAAACCCCACAGUCUUACUGCUCUGUCUUUUUGUAAAUAUAAAUGUGCAUAUAUUUUAAAGUAACAUUGCUUUUGAAGAUGUUUAUCUUAUUGAGGAUAUGGUACAGAAUUUUAUUAUGGUGUGUUUUAUGUGCGCACAAACUUCCUACUGUAGAUUCAACUUGAGAAAUUGCUUUUGUCUGUGUUGCCACUGCAACUUUUCACUCUGGCUAAUUUUAGCUAAUUCAUUAUCUCAGCCAGUUUUGCCAGUUCACUUGGUAACUGCCAAAGCUGAACUGCUCCUUAUGGUCAUGUGUGAUCAUCACAAAGUCAAUACAAUUCUACAACCAGGAAGAAGAUGUCUCAGAAUAAUAGAGAGAUCAGUUGUAACUGCAUUUCCCUCCUCUCAUUUAAGAGCUUUUGGUUGCAUUUUGCUGAAUAUUUAUUAAAAGCUUUAGAGUUAUUCUGUAAAUUUGAUGUGUUGUUAUUACACGUGUCAGUGUAAAUAAAAUUUGUGUAUAUUGAAU